AGAACCUGAAAAAUUUUUUGAAGGCAUCGAGAUAUCUAAAGAAAUCAGUGAUGAAUUGCUAAAUAAUAUUAAACGCAGAUUAACUCCACAGCCAAAUAAAAUUCGUGCUGAUAUUGAAGUUACUUGCUUUGGUUAUGAUGGUAUCGAUGCCAUUAGAAUGGCCCUUAGGGCUGGUGAAGCAUGUGAGACUAGUGAUAUGAUAAUUAAGGUCAAAUUAGUUGCGCCACCAUUAUAUGUUAUGAUCACCAAUGCUUUGGAUAAAAAUCUAGGAAUUGAAAUGCUAGAAAGAGCAAUUUCUACGAUACAAGAGUCUAUCGAGAAAUCGGGUGGAAAUUUGACGAUUAAAAUGAGACCAAAGGCUGUGAGUGAAACUGAUGACCAACAACUUGCUGCGCUUAUGGCUAACGCCGAAAAAGAAAAUGCUGAAGUUUCAGGUGAUGAAGAUAGUGAUCCUGAGGCUGCGGAAACUGAUUAA